GAAGUGCGCUGAGAAGAAUGUAACUGAUUACUCAAGAAUAGGAUUACCAGAAUCCCCUGAAUAGGAUUACAUAAUACUGUGUGGCCAUAUCAUCAAGGGAAGAUCAUAUGAGAGUCAAAUCGGCUCUUGCAAAGAAUUGUGACGCCAUGGCACAUCAUGCACUUCUUGUUAUUGUUGUUGGAUUGAGCACUGUUUCCUCAGAUAUAGCGGGAAGUUGCCUGAACUGUUUCAACACGUGCAACGAGGUUGGAUUGUGUGACGACUAUGGCUGCCAAGCAGGAUAUCACGGCGACAACUGUUCACUGCCGUGUCCGACCAAUUGCCGCAAUGGAGUCUUCAAGAAGCCGGCUUGUUCCCGAAACACAUCCAGUUGUUUCAGUGGUUGCCGAGGAGGCUUUUUUAGUGAACCAUGUGAUCAGCAAUGUCCUUCAACAUGUGUGAACAAGGUCUGCAACCAGAUGGAUGGAUAUUGUAGACUUGGAUGUAAGGAGCAUUGGCAUGGCCCCGAUUGUACUGCAAAGUGCAACACCACAUGUUAUAACUCAACCUGUGACCGCAAUGGACUGUGCCAAUCAUGUGAAACAGGCUACUGGGGAUUGUUCUGUGAGAACAAUUGCGGUCAACAUUGUCUCAACAACACUUGUGCGAUGUCACAAGAUGGCAGUUUCGAGUGCUCAAUUGGCUGUCAGAAAGGAUGGAAAGGUGCUGGCUGUGAGGAACCAAGUUUAGAGGAGAUGGCACAUUCUGACACAAGAAGAAAAAGAGAUUUAUCUGACUGUGACGUCAAGGAGGUGGAUGGCAAGUGUCCCUGCUGCCGACGGAAUACAGGCAAACGGUGUGAAAUAAACUGUCCAAAGUGUAGAGGCAUAUAUAUUGACUCAAAAUGCAACCGUUUUUGUGAGCAGGGCUACUACAAUGGGCCAAACGGACAAUGUAAUAAGACAUGUGGAGACAAUUGUGGGACUGGUACAGUUAACAAAACUUACUGUGAUCCUACUGAUGGAGGUUGCCAUAGCUGUAGACAUGGAUAUCGUGGUCCUAAAUGUGAGUAUACAUGCAGUGAUCAUUGCCAGAGCAAAAUCUGCUAUAUUAACAGUGGAUACUGUUUUCUUUGCAGUAACGUUACCUUCGGUAACCACUGUAAAGACUGCAGUGAAUUCUGCCUUGAUAAGUUUUGUCACCGUUGGAAUGGUACGUGCAUGACAGGAUGUACUUUGGGAAAGUAUGGAGUAAUGUGUUCUCAUGACUGUCCAACAAACUGUUACAAAUCACACUGUUCAAUAUCCAUACAUGGAAACGUGCUCUGUACCGGCUGUAAGGAUGGAUUUACAGGAAGCAGUUGUGAAGAAAGAUGCCUCGUUAAUUGCACUACGUGUCAUCAGGCUGACGGAGAAUGCAUAGUUGAAAAACCUGGACCCGAACAAGCUGUGACGCCUCCAGCGACUGCCUCACCGGAAACACAGACUGGUGUGUCGAUCAGUCUUCCCCAAAAUGUGACACAGGCCACUGGGACAGAGGCGGGCGAUUCAGGAGCUUGGAAGACAGAGCUAGCGGUUGGAAUAGUUGCAGCUAUAGUUAUAGUUAUAGUUAUAGCUGCAGUAUUGAUAUGGAAACGUAAGCAUUUGCCGUGCAUCUCAUCUGAAGCUGUGACGCCUCCAGCGAAUGCCUCACCGGAAACAGAGCCUGGUGUGUCGAUCAUUCUUCCCCAAAUUGUGACACGGGCCACUGGGACACAGGCGGGCGAUUCAGAAGUGAAUAGCGCAUCGGCUACACAAGAGGAUGCAUCGGCUCGUCAUCUCGAAUCAGAAGAUGAGCCCCUUCUGCCGCAAACGGAGGAUUCUGGAGAUACUGCCACAUCAUCAAGCCAUCGCGGUGUCAUAGCUGAGGACAUUUCAGGGAAUAGCGCAUCGGAAAGACAACAGGACGCAUCGACUCGUCAUCUCGAACCAGAAGUAGUGCCCCUUAUGCCGAAAAAGGAGGAUUCUGGAGAUCCUGCCACAUUAUCAAGCCAUCACGGUGUCAGAGCUGAGAACAUUUCAGGUCUUCCUGAUGACACUUUGGAAAACAUAAGUUCCAUGCUUAUGGGGUAUGACCAGGAUACCAGAGUGAAUUUCUUCAGCAACAUAGGGUAUGAUGCCGAAAAUGUUCCUAAGGACUGUACAGAAGAAGUAUGUCUUGGUUUGCUGAAGAACUCACUUCCUCUAAAAACAGCUUCAGAAAUGGAUGCCUUAUUAAAGGUUGUUCAUGCAUCCCAGCUUGCAAAAAUGGACGACAUAUUUGUGUAUAUUUUAAACAUGAACAAAGGAAACACAUCUAUCCCCAAGGAGUAUAUUGAGAAGUUUCGUAAGCUGCAAGUUGAAGAAAAAGAACGGGAACGAAGCGUCUGCAAUGAAAAAUAGUGAGGCCAACAAAGACGACAAUACCCUUCGCUAGUACCGAUGUACACAAGCUGCAAGGGCAAAGGAUUGUAAUUAUGAUGAAUACAAAUUGGUUUAUGCUGUUAUGUGCGCUUGGUUAUAUCAACAUGACACUGUAGACACAUAGGACACCAUAAUGCAGAAAACAGUUCAAGUUAACCUUAAACAAAGGAUAUCACAUAGUUGUCUGUUAUAUAUACAUGUAUAUUGUAUUUCAUUGGUUAUGUUGAGUUACAAGCUGGUUUGACAAUUUGGCGUUAAAGGAUAUCUUUCACAAACCUCAUACACAAAGGAGUAGUAGUAGGCAGUCAUUUGUCAAACAGUACAGUAUGACUGACAAUGCAGGGAACGCCCUAGUCUCACAAUGUAUGUCAGAUGUGCAAACACACUGCCAAUAAAUGUUAUUUUGUUCUCGUUUCUCUCGUUCUAGGUAAUGGGUACAAAAUAUCCAUCUAUUAGUUAUGAACUGUAAUUGUAAAAAGUAAAUAGUGUAACAGUUUGCACGACUGCAAGUCUCAAUUUUUAAGCAAUUUAAAAAAUACUAUGUGUUGAAUAUGAUUCAUAGACUAAUGCACAAAUGCAAAAGCAAUUACGUUGAUAGUGAAUUAUCAUGCAGGUGCUUAGUAACCUUACAGAAAUGUUGCUUGUAUAUAUACUUAUAAAAUGACGAAUUGUAGACCUUGAAAGUUUCCUUAACCUCUCUCCACAAGACAAUAUACACACCAGAAUAAAAUAGUAUCUUGUCAGGCUUGUUUUCUUUGAUGAAAUAACUC